CUUUUUCCCUUGCUGACUCGCUCCUUUCUCUCCCACACCAAACCGAUAGUUUUGGGUUCUCUUCUUAUGUCCGAUCCCCAAACAGCUAGGGUUUCGCGUUUCUGGAUUCUCGAUCGAAUUUUACCAACUCAGGUUUUCCCUCCCCUCCCUUCCCUUCCCUUCUCCUUCUCUCUCGCAGUCUCCUUCUCUCUCUGUAUCUCUUUCCCUUCUCUCUCGCUUUCUCUCUCUGAAUCUUCUAUUCUUCCGCUUCGCAUUAUUUUCUACUCCUCCUCUCCUAUCUGUCGCCAUUUUUCUGUUUUUUUUCUUUCUCGCAUUUGGUAUGCUUUGAAUGACUAGCUGCUGCGCCGAGAAGAAUGCUGAGGGUUCGAUUCGGAUAUCCCCUUUGGCUGGCUGCCCUCUAGAUGCCCUUGCCUGUGUUAUUGUGUUGUUCUAUUGGAUUAGUGCUCGAUUCUUUUGAUUGUUCUAUUCCUUUUGCUUGUGGUUUAAGAGCAAUGGCGCUUUCAUUUUUCCGAUUUCCCUUUAUUCGGUUAUUUGUUCUCUUGCCCGCUGUUCUGUGGGGGACUUUUGUUGCUGGUUGUUUCCCCUUUAUGUUGCUGCUGGAUUGCGUCGUCCUGAAGCGUAUGCUUGAUUUUGCUUGACUGCGUCGUGUAGUUUCUGCAGCCGUCCCAGGUUGCUGUCUCUGUGAUUAUCAAGGAUUGAUUCUGCAGUAAUAGGCGAAGACUGAGGAUUUUUUUUUCUCUGGGAGGCUUGGAUUUUUCGUUUUCUUUAUUCUCUUGUUAGGCUUAGGUUUACUGAAUUUGAUAUUCGUAAGCAAUUAUGACAAAUAGAUGGGCUGAUUCUGUUGGUGGCUCUGGAUCUGACAACAAUUCUGGCCCACGCACUGGUCGUGCUGCCUACGUUCCACCCCACCUUCGCAACAGACCACCAUCAGCUGAUUCUGCAGCUCAGCCCUCUCCUGCUCCAUCACCAGCUAAUGACCGUGUAGGUUAUGGUGGACCCCCCCGCUGGGCUGGGGGUGCUAGACCAGACCCAGGUAGAGGGGGAUCUGGGUAUGGCGGCAGAAAUGCUGGUGGUUGGAAUAGUAACACGGGUGGGUGGGAACGCGGUAGAGACCGUGAGGUGAACCCUUUUGGUGAAGAAGAAGAAGAUGCAGAGUGUGCAUCUAGCGGGCAAGAGACAACUGGCAUUAACUUUGAUGCAUAUGAAGAUAUACCUGUGGAGGCAAGUGGGGACAAUGUACCUCCUCCUGUAAAUACCUUUGCAGAGAUAGACCUGGGCGAGGCAGUAAAUGCAAACAUAAGAAAAUGCAAGUAUGUGAGGCCAACACCAGUUCAGCGUAAUGCAAUCCCCAUAUUGCUUGCUGGGCGUGACUUGAUGGCCUGUGCUCAGACUGGUUCGGGAAAGACUGCUGCCUUUUGCUUCCCAAUAAUCAAUGGGAUAAUGCGUGAUAACCUCGUACAGAGACCGCGUGCUCCAAGAACAGCUUUCCCACUGGCUCUUAUCCUCUCACCUACAAGAGAACUCUCUUCUCAGAUACAUGAUGAAGCCAGGAAAUUUGCUUAUCAAACUGGUGUUAGAGUGGUUGUUGCUUAUGGCGGGGCGCCAAUUUCACAACAGUUGAGGGAACUUGAAAGAGGAGUUGAUAUUCUUGUAGCAACUCCUGGGCGGUUGGUAGACUUGCUUGAAAGGGCCAGAGUGUCCUUGCAAAUGAUCAAAUACUUGGCACUUGAUGAGGCUGAUAGGAUGCUGGACAUGGGGUUUGAGCCUCAGAUCAGAAAGAUAGUGGAACAAGUGGACAUGCCCCCAUCUGGGAGGAGACAGACAAUGCUUUUCAGUGCCACUUUUCCUAAAGAAAUACAGAGACUUGCAUCAGACUUUCUGGCAAAUUACAUAUUCUUGGCUGUUGGAAGGGUUGGGUCCAGUACUGAUUUGAUUCUCCAGAGAGUUGAAUAUGUUCAAGAUGCUGACAAGAGAAGCCACCUUAUGGACCUUCUACAUGCACAGAAACAAAGUGAAGCUAAUGGCAAGCAAUCCUUGACAUUAGUGUUUGUGGAGACUAAGAAGGGUGCUGAUUCCCUGGAGUACUGGUUGUGUCAAAAUGGGUUCCCUGCUACAACAAUUCAUGGUGAUAGAACUCAGCAGGAAAGAGAGCUUGCAUUGAGGUCAUUCAAGAGUGGAAGGACGCCAAUCCUAGUGGCAACUGACGUGGCAGCUCGUGGUCUUGACAUACCACACGUGGCUCAUGUGGUCAACUUUGAUCUCCCCAACGACAUUGAUGAUUAUGUCCACAGAAUAGGGCGUACAGGAAGAGCUGGGAAAUCUGGCCUGGCUACGGCUUUCUUCAACGAUCACAAUAUCUCGUUGGCGAGAUCACUGGUUGAGUUGAUGCAAGAAGCCAACCAAGAAGUUCCCAACUGGCUUGUUAGAUACGCUUCACGGGUUUCUUAUGGGGGAGGCAAGAACCGAAGAGGCGGAGGAGGGCGGUUUGGUUCUAGGGAUAUCAGGAGGGAAGGGUCGUUCAACAGGGGUGGUGGUGGUGGAGAUUACCAUGGUGGAGGGAACAGUGGUGGUGGUGGUUAUGGGGGCAUGUCUGGUGGUUACGGGGGCGGCGGCAUGGGUCCUGGGGCACCCAGUGCUUGGGAUUAACCGGAUGACGAAGAAGAAUCCUUAAGUAACCCUUUAUUGUUGUUUGAGGAAGUAUAUGGGACCGUACAUGUCCUCAAGCUGGCGUUUCUCAAGUAUGAAGAAUUUUCUGGGUCUCUGUAGUAGUGGGCUCUAUUAGGGUUCUAACAAUGGACGAGUUGUGUAUUUUUGAAGUGUUUUUUUAUUUUAUUUUGGGAGUUGAAUAGGGUGGGUUUCUUCUAUUAGUCCAUGAUGAUGAUAUCCCCCGACUGGAACUGAAUUUGUACCCUUUUAGUUGUAGGGUUUAACCAGACCACUACUAUAUGGAACGGAAUUAUUAGCCCACUUCACCUUUCCUGUUCCAGAACGAAGCCAAUGUGUGUUUUCUCUCACAUUUAUUGGAGAGCUUUAUUACAAUUUUGACCGUGGAAUGGAUAUACCCUUCCAUGUAUGCUGCUGUUGUUGUGUACUUAUGCGGUUUCUCCUAUAUCUUGGUACUCUUAUCUUGUUUUUUGGAGC